GGGGUAGUGUCUCCACGGCAGAGAAGGGCGUGCAGGGCCGGCCCGGCGUCGCCACCGCCCGGCCCCUGCGCGGAGGAGCGUUUUUCCUCUUUCGUACCCCCCCCCUUUUUUUUUUGUCUUUCAUAGCUUGGUGAGGAAAUCAUUUCUGGAGCAUUUUUACUUUUAAAGCCAUCUCGUCCUAACAAGGGCUUGCGUCUCUAGGCAAGGUAGUUCUGCACAGACCCGGGAACCUCCACAAUUGCAGCGGAGCGGAGCGGAGCGGAGCGGAGCGGCGCGGCUGUUUAUGGAGCUUUGGGCGGGGGCUGAGCCCGCGAUCCGGCCCCCAGCCCGCCGCCCAGGCCAUGCCUCCCCAUCCGCGCGCAAAGCCGCCGACGCCGGGCCUCCGGGCCUGACCCGGGAGCCGCGGGAGGAGGAGGCGCCGGCGGCGGAGCCGGAACGGGAGCCGCGGCGGUGGGCAGCGCGGCGGACCCAGUACUAUGGCUGUGUACUGCUAUGCGCUCAAUAGCCUGGUGAUCAUGAAUAGCGCCAACGAGGUGAAGAGCGGCGGCCCCGGCGCCAGCGGCAGCGAGACGCCCGGGUCCCGGGGGAGGGCUGUGCUGAGCCCCGGCAGCGUUUUCAGCCCCGGGAGAGGCGCCUCUUUCCUCUUCCCCCCAGCCGAGUCGCUGUCGCCCGAGGAGCCCGGGAGUCCCGGGGGCUGGCGGAGCGGCAGCGGCAGUAGCAGCGUGGACAGCCCGAGUUGGGCGGGUCGCCUGAGAGGGGACGGGCAGCAGGUGGUAGCCGCUGGUAUCCUCUCCCCGCCAGGACCAGAGGAGGCCAAGAGGAAGCUGCGGAUCCUGCAGCGCGAGUUGCAGAACGUGCAGGUGAACCAGAAAGUGGACAUGUUCGAGGCGCACAUUCAGGCGCAGAGCUCCGCCAUUCAAGCGCCCCGCAGCCCGCGUUUGGGCCGGGCUCGCUCACCCUCCCCGUGUCCCUUCCGCAGCAGCAGCCAGCCCCCUGGAAGGGUCCUGGCCCAGUGCACCCGGAGCAAGGAACGGAGGACAAAGUCUUGGGGGGCGCAGUAUCCAGAGACUUCAGAGACCAACUCGAGGAGGAGAGGAGGGGCGCUCAGCCUGUGCCCCACGAAGGACAAGGAGGGAGUGGCACCUCUCCCCGGCCGGGCUGCCCCAACAGUCCCAGGGACUCAGGGUUCAGCCACUUCUGGGAGGAUGGAUACAGGGGUUCCUGCCAGUUCCCCGUGUAGCUCGCCCAUAGCUAUGGAAGUUGAAAAGAGGGCCUCUUUUCUGUCGGUAACUCUGAGCUGCCAGGUUCCCUCGUUGGAGCUGGGUAGAGUGAACUUUGUGAUGGCCACAGAAAUGACAGCGGGAGCCACAUCCAUUGGGCCACACCAUCCACACGAUCCUGUCCCCACUGAGCUUGGGGGUGCGCACCCCCGGGAGGCCGUCGUGGAGAGGCAGCGGCAGUCUCUGGGCAGUGAGACAAACCCAGCCCCAGAGAGGGGCGGGCCCCGCAGUGGGGAGCCCCCUGAGAAGGUGGGGAAAGGAAAUCUGUUCCGUGGCAUGCUGGGCGCCUGGGCGCCUGAAGUGGGCAAAAGGUCCGGGGAGACGACUGUGAACGCGCAAAGCUCGGCGCUUUCUGAGGUCCCUAGCUGCCUUGGGCCGCCCAGAGACCUGGGCUCCAAGGAGGCCCGGAGUGGGGUCCCCGUGGUCGAGGGGCCUCGGCAGAGCUCCCACAGAGGGGAGGAAGGGUCUCCGACGACGCUCGGCUUACUUGGGGGCCACCGGUCUGCACAGCUGGGGGCCGGAGAGGUGGAAGCGAGGAUUCCCUCUGGAGGAAUGCUGGAGCCUCUGCCCUGUUGGGAAAUGGCAAAAGAUGUGAAAGAGCCUGGCCCUCCUGGGGACAGGGCUGGUGUGCAGCCCGGCAGCUCCAGGGCUUGGCUGGGCCCCAUGGAAGAAGCGGGCCUGGCCUGGACGCGUGGGACAGGGAUACAAUCAGAGGGCACUUGGGAGAGCCAGCCGCAGGACAGAGACGCACACUCGAACCCAGAGCAGCUGCCUCCAGAUCAGAAGCCUUUACAGAGGGAGGUCUGCAGCCCCAGCGCCAUACCUGCUGUCAUCAUCACAGACUUGGGCGCACAGGAGGAUGGGGGCUUGGAGGAGGCACAGGGCAGCCCUCAGGGCAACCUGCCCCUGAGGAAGCUGUCCUCUUCCUCGGCCUCCUCCACGGGCUUCUCAUCCUAUGAGGACUCAGAGGAGGACAUCUCCAGUGACCCUGAGCGCUCCCUGGACCCCAACGCGGCCUUCCUGCAUACGCUGGACCAGCAGAAGCCCAGAGUGAGCAAAUCAUGGAGGAAGAUAAAAAACAUGGUCCACUGGUCUCCGUUUGUCAUGUCCUUCAAGAAGAAGUACCCCUGGAUCCAGCUGGCGGGACACGCAGGGAGCUUCAAGGCUGCGGCCAAUGGUCGGAUCCUGAAGAAGCACUGUGAGUCGGAGCAGCGCUGCCUGGACCGGCUAAUGAAGGACGUACUGAGGCCCUACGUGCCUGCCUACCACGGGGACGUGGUGAAGGACGGGGAGCGCUACAACCAGAUGGAUGACCUGCUGGCUGACUUCGACUCACCUUGCGUGAUGGACUGCAAGAUGGGGAUCAGGACCUACCUGGAGGAGGAGCUCACCAAGGCCCGCAAGAAGCCCAGCCUGCGGAAGGACAUGUACCAGAAGAUGAUCGAGGUGGACCCUGAGGCCCCGACCGAGGAGGAGAACGCCCAGCGGGCCGUCACGAAGCCACGCUACAUGCAGUGGAGGGAGACCAUCAGCUCCACGGCCACCCUCGGGUUCAGGAUUGAGGGCAUCAAGAAAGAAGAUGGCUCCGUGAACCGGGAUUUCAAGAAGACAAAGACGAGGGAGCAGGUCACCGAGGCCUUUAGAGAAUUCACUAAAGGAAACCAGAACAUCCUGAUCGCCUACCGAGACCGGCUGAAGGACAUUCGGGCCACCCUAGAAGUGUCUCCCUUCUUCAAGUGCCAUGAGGUCAUUGGCAGCUCCCUCCUCUUCAUCCACGACAAGAAAGAGCAGGCCAAGGUGUGGAUGAUUGACUUUGGAAAGACCACGCCCCUGCCUGAGGGCCAGACCCUUCAGCACGACGUGUCCUGGCAGGAGGGGAACCGGGAGGACGGCUACCUCUCAGGGCUGAACAACCUCAUCGACAUCCUGACGGAGAUGUCCCUGGAGGAUGUGCUCGCCUGAGGCAGCGCUCUUCGCCCCCGCCCCAUCUCUUUCCUUCUGUCUUCUCCUUCACUUCCUUCUGGGCUCCAGCCCAGAGCUGACCCUCCCGAACUGCACUACAGGACACUUUGUAGAAACAGCAGAAGAGAUGAGAUUUCCUAGUGGUGUUCCCAACGUAAGGGCUUGGACGUGGGGCUUUCAGGGCUCUUUGUAAAUAGAAUCGUCUACUAGACAGAAGUGCCCAGGCCUCGGGCUCGGCUUCCUGUAGGGGAAGUCGGUGGGGUUCAAGGUGGAGGGAGGCUGCGCGGGGGACACCUAACACGUGAGUCUCCCCGCCUCUGGGCGGCCCUGGAAUAAGCAGGCAAGCCGGCUGAACUGCGGGGGCCUGCUGCCCCCUGGUGGUCAGCGCCGUCAGUGCAGUCCCGUUCCUGCGGCAGCCUCCCACCCAGAGGCCGCCGGGCAAGGGCUGUAAGGGCCCCAGUGUGUGGGCGGGUUGCUGGUGCCUGCGGGGAAGCCAGGCUUUCUGGUAUUAGAGACACGACACCACUCGGGGAGCCGCACGUUGAAAAGGGGGAGAGUACCAUCCGCUCGGCAGCUCAGGGACUCCCAGAGACGCCUUGCCACUUAGAGCUGCAAAAGCAGGGACCCCACCCAUUCGGAGCUGAAACCUCCCCAACUUUGGGCCAGACCCAGGAGGCUGUAAGACGGCCUGGCUGUCCUCUGACCCAGGCCUUCCCAGAAAGAGGCAAACAGGAAAGGCGUUUUUUCAUCCGCUGUAAUUGCCCAUGAAUUCAGAGGGACACUGCGGACCUGAGCUUCCAGUGAUGGCUGCCGCCCCCUGCUGUGGCAAGAUGUAGGCUGCCUGGGGGGCGGGACAGGCACAGACUGCACAGGGAGGAAGGCACGCAGACCUGCGGACUGUCUGGCACUGGGGCCCCCGGGGGAAGGAUAGUCUUCUCUGUCUCCCCACUGCAGUGCUGGUCAGUCCCCCAGCCUGCACCCUGGGGCCUUUCCCUGAGGUUUAGAGUCCCCAGCAGUCACCUGGGAGGCCUUCUGCCAGCAGAGCAGUGAGGAAGCAGGAUUCUGGCUCACUGGCAUCGUCCUUUUCUCCCCUGAGAUAAGUCUUGCAGCUUGAAGGGCUUAGAUCCGUGUUUCCAGGAUAUGCUGUGGUUGCCUGCCAGGGUAUGUGAUGGGGGUAAGGGGGCUAUUCCAGGCAUCAAUUCCUGAGUGUCUAUUUUGUUUAAAGAUUUGUGGGAAACUAAUUUUAAACCGUAUUUUAAUUGUAAAGCAAGUAAGUUUACAUUAUGGAGAAGGAUGUAAAAUUUACAUGACUUUUUUUUAAAGAAAAGAACUCCUGUCUUGCGAUUUAGAGCUGUGUCCUCAGACCCUGAGGGGCUUGCUGCCAGUCUCUUUUGCCGUCAGCGGUCCAGGGUGCAGGCAGUGGGGACCCUCUGGCUGGGCCAGGCCAGCAGGGACCUGCCUCAGGAACACAGCGGAGAAAGUGUGCACCAAGGGGAGUGGCCUGCAGGGAGGGGUACCUGGGCAGCCCACCCUGUCACCCCAGCAUCACGGAGGGAACUGUUGACUUGCCCACGUGACACUUAGUUUCCCCUUUCGUGCUGGGUGACAGUGGAGGGGUAGAGGGUGGGACACAUGAGGAUGUACAAGUACAGCUUUCAAAAAAGGAAACCACUUUUAAACUUCCUGGUUCUUGUUCAAAACAGUGCUGAGCUCUUGCGUGGGCCAGCUUGCUAAAGGUCACACCCUAGCCAGCUGCGCGUGGGAGCCCUUGUGACGGCAUGUGAUGGGCAAGGAAGCAGGGACGGACAGGGUGCCGGGGCUGUAAGGCCAGCUCUGGGUCUCUGAGCUACAGUUGUCUGUGGGUUAGAAGGGACCCUGGGGCUCUGUGCUUCAGCCACCUGCAACCUACCAGCUGGGAAGGGAUGUCAUUAAUUCAGACAUAAAGAUUCUAUAGCUACAGGCCAGCCAAAGACUACCUUCAUUCUACCUAUGAGAAAAGUUUGCUAAAGCAAAUUAACGUUAUGAACAAAAUGUACAGGGAACCAGCUUAACCUACUUAGGAGAACAAACUUUCCAAGCACUUUAAGCAGGCACCAGGUGUUUGCAAACAAUGUGCUAUAUGCAAAUGUUAGUUUAUUCAAGGAGAUCCACCAGCCUCUUCCUGGCAGUACUUUGCUUUGAGUUAUAUUAUGUAUGUAAAAGUGGUAUGUCUUUUUAAGGUUAUUCUAUUAUUUAGAUUUUUAAAAAUAUAUUUACCGUGCAAGUUCUCUUCCACACCUACUGUCUCUCAGCCCAUUCCACCCCGCCCCCUUGCUCUGACAUCCAGGCCGUUCCCCCGCCUAGUGGUCUGAAAGACCACACCCACGCAGCCCUCGUCCCGGCAGAUCUAGGGGGGCUGGGUGAGAGUAGGGCCAGGGAGCAGGACGUGCUGUAGGUGCCAGGCCCUCCUGCCCUGUGCUCGCUGGCCCCCGACGCUCGGGGAGUCCGGUACUAACGCGUCUGCACUGCUUAGCGUUUGCGGAAGGGUUCCUCAGUUGUUUUUCCCAGACUUGCCUUUAGUGUCAUGUAAGAAGUUUUUAAGUUAUAUUUAUUUCGUUGGUUUUUUAAUUGCACAAAACACUAAGACUGAAAGGCUGGAUUUUGUUUUUCCCUUAAAACUUUGCUUUCUCUGUUUCUUUUCCCACUUGGAAGAAAGAGCCAGAAGCAGCCCAGCUCACCAAGAUGGACUGUUUCCUUCUUUUGAUGUAAUUAGCCUUGAGUUUCUCUGGAUCUGAUUAAUCCGGCGUGUGUAUAACCCUUGUUCUAGUUGGGAAGCAGGGCGUUUGUCCCCUGUCGGUGCUUUUUUUUCCGGAGGAGAGGACUCUCCCAGAGGGCCUCUCCUUUGCCUCUGCACCCCUCUUUCCCACGGGACUUGGAGAAGAGUGUACUGUUACAGAACCCCACACACAGUGCCUGUCAAACAGACCGCAGAUGCUCUGUACCUUCUUGAAUAAAGGCCGUGAGACCGCAGUGCUGUCUGCAGUGUCUUCAGUUCAGGCACCAGGCCCUCAAGAAGAGUCUGAUGAGUGAGUGGGUGGUGCUGGGGAAUUGCAUGGGGGCUACGAUGGUCCUGGGGUCCUGGGUGACACAAAUGGUUAAGCGCUCAGCUGCUAACUGGAAGAUUGGUGGUUCAAACCCACCCAGAGGCACCUUGGAUGAAAGGCCUGGAGAUCUACUGCUGACUGGUCGCCGCCAUUGAAAACCAUAUGGAGCACAGUUCUCUGACACACAUGGGGUCACCACGAGUCAGAAUUGACUCAAAGGCAACUGGCUAGUUGGUUGGUAGUUGUCUAAGACCCUCUCCAGACUAUUCAAGACAGCGCAAGUGGGGAGGUGCAGUGACCCAGGAGCUCUGACAUUUGGUGACCAGGCUUCGAUUCCCAGCCACUGCACCUCAAGGGCAGCUACCAUCGGCCUGUCAGUGGAGGCUUCCAUGUUGCUGUGAUACUGAACAGGUUUCAGCAGCGCUUCCAGACUAAGAUAGACUAGGUAGAAAGGGCUUGUGAUCUACUUCUGAAAAUCAGUGGAAACCCUAUGGAUCACGAUGGUUGCCAUGAGUUGGGGGCUGACUUGACAGCAGCUAACAACAACAACAUUGAGGUACCUGUAUUCUCAAUUUAUCAACUCUGUGAACAAAGCUUUACAAAA